AUGAAGACAGAAUCUUCAACAGUUACUGUGUCUGAUAUUACAAUUGUCAAAUUCAAUGAACUUUACUCAAAAUAUAAGGAAACUCUUUCAUGUCCAUGUUCAACAACCAGCAUAUCUUAUAAAAAUUUUGUUUCCAGUACAAUCAAAUUUCAUCCUGUUUGUUCAAGUCGUUUCGUUAGUCAAGAAUGGAUUCAUGCAUUAUAUUUAUCAAAUGCAAGCCGAUAUAGAGUGUCGGAUUUUCGAACAACAGCUAGUUCUCAGUUUGAAAUUUUGUCCAGUUUUUGUUCAUUGGCUCACGACAUAGUUAAUCUUACUGAAAAUGAUGUUGGUAGUAAUAAAUUUGUUACCAUUUAUCUUCUCCAUGGUAUACAAGUUGAACACGAAGUGAAUGUCAUCAUUGAAUCUUUUAAGAAAAGUGCAUCUGCUCGAAUGAUUAUGUUCUUGGACUAUUUUCGAUCAACUAUUCAAGGAAACUAUUUAAUUUCAGCUCUUAAUACGAAUUUAAUAGUUGAACUACGCUCCUAUCUUAUGGCGCAUCCAGUUCCAUUGUUAUAUUCAACGAAAUACACUCUUACACCUGAUAGCAAAUUGUCCUGUAGCAGAGAUAAUCCCACUAGUGCGGCCACUCUUAGCCCAGUACUAUCUGAAUCUGAGUCUAGUUAUCUCAAUAUUAACUUUAAAGAUCUGUCAAAUUCUACAAUUGUCAGUGGAUUUUUCGCAGGAUGUACUCCUCUUGAAGCUCUUCUUCGAAGUACACUCGAUUGUUUGUAUGAAAUCGAAUGCUUGGAAUUAUUGUUCGAUUAUUUUCCACGUUUGAACCAUUCGCACAUAAAUUGGACCGACUCUAUUCUAACUGCGAAUCAACAAAAUCUUUCUUUUAACGAUUAUUUGAAUGAAAUGUUGAUUGAAAAAUGGUUACCAGCAAUAAAUUAUUCAAUGUAUUUUGAUCAAUGUAAUCCUUCAUUAUGCACAUACACAAAAACACAUCGUGCUGAAUUCAUUUAUGCAAUCACUCUUUUCAUUAGUCUCUAUGGUGGUCUCAUUAUGAUACUUCGUUUAACUGCAUCAUUCAUAUUAUCAUUUAUUUUGUCUGAAAUUAAACAAAUAAAUUCGACAUCGAUCAGCUGUGUCUGUGCCACUAAUCCUGAUUGUCAAACUGCAGCCGUCAUUUACGGCGAUUAUCCUGAUGGUUUUACUUAUUUAGACACGAAUGUUAUUUAUAAAAUACCAGGUUUUAUCAGAGGCUGUCUUAACAGUGACUCUCUUCUACAAUCGACUCUGCAAUGUCUAUAUACAGAAUCAAAUUCAGAUUGUUUUGCAAGACUACUGAUUUACACAUCAGUGUUCCAUCCAAUAUUUGAACCAAAUAGAUCUGCGCUUGAUCUACAUCCACUUGUUUCUGAUCCAACACGGAGUCGUUUUCCUCCAAAUACUUUAAUAUCAAUUAUCUUUAAAGAAAUGAUGCUGGAACAGUGGAAUUCAAAUUCAUCGUAUGAACAGUUUUACAAAUCAUGUGCACCAAAGUAUUGUACUUAUCGUCAGAAAAUUCGCACAAAGACUAUUGUGGGAAUAUUUAUAACAUUGUUGUCCACGAUCGGUGGUCUUGCUGUUUCUCUACGUUUUAUCACUCCUUAUUUUGUCAAAUUGCUUUUCAAAUUAUGGACAAUGAUACGUAAAAGAAAACAAAAACAACAAGAACAACAAGAACACCAAGGUAGUCAUUGA